CAUCAUUUAUAAGGCUACCAGAACGUGCUAUCAGAUAAAUAACAAAACAUCUCUCUUUCUCUUUCUCUAAAUUAUUCAUUUCCCCAGAUAACUUGUCACUCAACCAGCAGAAGCAGAAGCAGAUCAAUGUGGAAGCUCAGCCCCUUGUGCUUUCUCUUGCUCUGCUCCUCCGCCGCAUUGGUUUCUUCCCAGAGAUCUCGCCGUCUCUGGCAGACACUUUCCGGAAAGCAGCCUGUGGUGAUAGCAAGAGGUGGAUAUUCGGGGGUACUUCCGGACUCUAGUUUCAACGCGUAUGCUUUGGCAGCGCAGUUUGGGACGCCGGAUUCGUUGGUGUGGUGCGAUGUUCAGCUUACCAAGGAUGGAGCUGGAAUUUGCUUUCCGGACAUCAGGCUCGAUAAUGCUUCCGACAUUGAUCUUGUCUAUCCCAAGGGAAAGAAAGCCUAUCUUGUCAACUCUGUCUCGACUCAAGGAUGGUUCUCCAUUGAUUUCACCCUCAAGGAUCUACAACCCGUCAAUAUAAAACAGAGGAUCUAUUCCCGGGCUCCCAAUUUCGAUGGCUCUGUGAAUCCGAUUGUUAGUGUUGAUGAUAUAAUGUCACAAAUAAAACCACCUGGAUUGUGGUUAAGUGUUCCGCAUGAUGCAUUCUUCACCCAACAUAACCACAGUAUCCGGAAUUACAUCAUUACUGCAUCCAAACGCUUCAUUAUUAACUACAUUUCGUCACCGGAGGUAGGCUUCUUGAGGAGCAUUGCAUCACGGUUUAGAACCAGCCCGACUAAGCUCGUCUUCCAGUUUCUGGAGCCUGAUCAAGUGGAGCCAACAACAAACCAAACUUAUGCCUCACUUUUAAGCAAUCUUAAAUUCAUUAAAACAUUUUCUGCUGGAAUCAUUGUUCCAAAGAAGUACAUAAUUCCAGUGGACAACAGCCUAUAUUUGCAGCAAGCCGAAACUAUUGUUACUGAUGCUCAUGCAGCAGGUCUACAAGUUUUUGCGUAUAAUUUCGUAAACGAUGCCAUUUUACCGUAUAACUACAGCUAUGAUCCUGUAGUUGAGUAUCUCGCCUUCAUCGACAAUUCCAAAUUUUCGGUUGAUGGUGUCAUCUCGGACUUCCCAAUGACUGCAUCAGCAUCUAUCGAUUGCUAUUCCCAUAUGAGCAAAAAUGAUUCUGCCAAAGUAAAGGUUUUGGCCAUCACGAACGAGGGAGCAAGUGGAGACUAUCCCGGUUGUACUGAUAAGGCGUAUGAAAAGGCUGUAUCAGAUGGUGCAGAUAUACUCGAUUGCCCUGUUCAAAUAACGAGUGAGGGGAUACCUUUUUGUUUGGGAUCCAUCAACCUCAGGGAUAGAACAACUGCUUCUCAAUCCAUCAACAGGGCAGCAGAUAAUCAACAACUUGGCAUAGUUAACGGAAUUUUCACCUAUAAUCUCACAUGGACCGAAAUCAGCAACUUACACCCUGCUAUUUACAACCCUUUUUCAAAUUAUUCAAUUUUCCGGAAUCCAAAGUCCAAAAAUGAUGGCAACUUCAUGCAACUAUCGGAAUUUUUGGCGUAUGCAAAUACAUCUACCGUCAGUGGUGUCAUAAUCAGCAUUGAGGUGAGUUACAUUACAUCAUCGUAUUCUUCAUUUCGUGGUUGUUGGUUUUCGUUAAGCAUAUUCUCGUUCUUGCAGAAUGCUGCGUAUCUGGCUGUGUACCAAGGUUUAGGUGUGACUGAUGUGGUUUUGGAUACUCUAAGCAAGGCUGGGUUGAAUAAGAAGAUUAUGAUAAGAUCCAGUGACAGCGCCGUGCUGUCAAAGUUUAAGCGUAGCAGUAACUACGAGCUUGUUUACGAGAUUAAGGACGACGUUGGUGAUAUCUUGAACUCCACCAUUUCAGAGAUAAAGAAAUUCGCAAGCUCUGUCGUCCUCACCAAAGAAUCUGUCUAUCCUACCGACAAGUUCUUCCUCUCUCAUGAUACGACAAUAGUUCCAAAACUCCAAGGCUUUGGUCUUUCAGUUUAUGUGCAACUUUUCCAAAAUGAGUUUGUGUCUCAGCCUUGGGAUUUCUUCUCUGAUCCAUAUCUGGAGGUUAACUCUCACGUCGGUUAUUAUUCAGUUAACGGUGUCAUAACCGACUACCCUGCAACUGUUGCAAGAUACAAAAAAAACCGAUGUUUAGGGUAUGAAACUUUGCCGCCAUACAUGUUACCAGUCCCCACUGGCGGCCUUAUUGGACUUAUGUCGAGUCAAGCUAUGCCUCCGGCAGAGGCUCCUAACCCCAUUAUUACAGAUGAGAGUGUGAUUGAGCCUCCCCUGCCGCCAAUUAAGGCUCCAACCAACAACACUGGUGGUAGCUCAACAGCAUCGAGCCCUGUUCCACCCAACGGGCAGCCUACGCUGGUGGGAAACACCAUCCUCAGUGGCAUGUCUCUUCUUCUUGCAGCUCUUGUAUUGUGCUGAUGUCGAUAGCUAACUAUGUUGUCCACCAUUUUGUGAUGUUUAUAAUCGCAAGUCUCCUUGACUACCAUAUAUUGAGCUUGAGAGAGAUUGCAUUGUUGUAGGUAUUUUCAUUCUUUUUGGAUAUGCUAUUUUUCGCACAAUAUAUCAUUUGUGUAUUGAUAUUACUGCUUUUUAUUA